AGUGGUUAACCGGAAUUAGGUUUAAAUCAUAAACCCAAUAAUCGUAAAACCCUUUUUUUCUCCUCCGUCUGUUCUUCAAACUUGCCGGGAAAAGAAAACCAAAAUUCUCUCCGGCGAACCUCAAAUUCGCUUAAUUUUCUCUGAAAAACGACAAGGGCAUCUCCAGAAAUCCCCCAAUUGACAAACCCUAAUCCACAAAUUCCAUGAUCUGUAGAUGGAUUGCAUUCAAUUCAAGCAAAGUGUCUCGUACUCUCUCUUCUUUCUCUUCUUUCUUAUUCACUAAAUCCUCCUUCUCCGUCGCCAAACUCGAAGAUGAGUCAUCACCCACAACCAAUUUCACUUCCGAUCACAGAGACUUCUACCAAGAGAUUCUCUUUGGGAUGAAGAAGAUUGGUUUCCGUGAGUUUCUUCACGGGCAUCACUUUCGAGGCUUGGUUUCGGAAUUGAGACAGAUACACGUCGAAGAUAUCAUGGCUGAAUUAAUGUCUGAAAGCUCAGAUCUUUCGGUUUGGUUUUUCAAAGAGCUGAGAGAUAUUUAUGGGUUUCGUCAUUCCAGAUUUUCCACAUUGUUGGUUUCACAUAUUUUCGCAGGUCAAAGACGUUUCAAAGAGCUUCAAGUGAUUCUGGAACAAUUGCUCCAAGAAGAAGGCUCUGGUUCAUCUUCUAGGCUUUGUGAACUUCUCUCUAAUAGCUUCAGAAAGUGGGAGUCUACGGGAUUAGUUUGGGAUAUGUUGUUGUUUCUUUCAUCAAGAUUGAGAAUGGUUGAUGAGUCUCUUUAUAUCUUGAAAAAGAUGAAGGAUCGGAACUUGAAUGUGUCGACACAGUCGUACAACUCCGUUUUGUAUAAUUUUAGAGAGACGGAUAAGAUGUGGGAUGUGUACAAGGAAAUCAAGGAUAAGAACGAGCACACGUACUCAACAGUUGUAGAUGGUUUGUGUAGGCAACAAAAGCUAGAAGAUGCAGUUUUGUUCCUCCGAACUUCAGAGUGGAAGGAUAUUGGCCCCUCUGUAGUUUCUUUUAAUAGUAUAAUGUCAAGUUACUGUAAAUUGGGUUUUGUAGAUAUGGCGAAGUCGUUUUUCUGUACAGUUUUGAAAUGUGGAUUGGUUCCUAGUGUAUAUAGUCACAAUAUACUCAUCAACGGACUCUGUCUAGUUGGUUCUAUCGCAGAAGCUUUAGAGUUGGCUAGUGAUAUGAAUAAGCAUGGAGUGGAACCUGAUUCUGUGACAUACAAUAUUCUUGUCAAAGGGUUUCAUCUUCUCGGUAUGAUCAGUGGGGCUGGGGAGGUUAUUCAAGAUAUGUUGGAUAAAGGUUUGAGUCCUGAUGUUAUUACAUACACAAUAUUACUAUGUGGGCAAUGUCAGUUAGGAAAUAUUGACAUGGGUUUAAUAUUGCUGAAAGAUAUGUUGUCGAGGGGAUUUGAGUUAAAAAGUAUCAUCCCCUAUAGUGUAAUGCUCAGUGGUUUAUGUAAAACAGGACGAGUAGAUGAAGCUUUGUCGUUAUUCUAUGAUUUGGAAGCGUAUGGUCUGACCCCUGAUCUCGUGGCAUAUUCUAUUGUGAUUCAUGGCCUGUGCAAGUUAGGAAAAUUUGAUAUGGCUGUUAGGGUUUACGACGAGAUGUGUUACAAAAGAAUUCUUCCGAAUUCUAGGACACUUGGUGCUAUUAUGCUCGGUUUAUGUCAGAAAGGGAUGUUACUUGAGGCAAGAUCGCUUCUGGAUUCUCUGAUUUCAAGUGGAGACACACUGGAUAUUAUUCUGUACAAUAUCGUAAUUGACGGGUAUGCAAAGUCUGGUUGCAUUGAGGAGGCGUUAGAGUUAUUCAAGGUAGCUAUUGAGAGUGGGAUAACUCCUAACGUUGCAACUUUUAAUUCUUUGAUUUACGGGUAUUGCAAAACCCAGAAUAUAGCUGAGGCUAGAAAAAUCUUGGAUGUCAUCAAGUUAUAUGGAUUGGUUCCAAGUGUUGUGAGUUAUACAACUCUGAUGGAUGCGUACGCAAAUUGUGGAAGUAUCAAAAGCAUAGAAGAAUUGCGCAGGGAAAUGAAAGCAGAAGGAAUCCCACCAACCAAUGUCACGUACUCAGUGAUUUUUAAAGGACUUUGCAGAGGCUGGAAACUUGAAAAUUGCAACCAGGUACUCAGGGAAAGGAUACUCGAAAAAUUCAACCAUGUACUCAGGGACAUGGAAUCUGAAGGUAUAACUCCAGAUCAGAUCACAUACAAUACAAUUAUUCAGUAUCUAUGCAGAGUUAAACAUUUAUCCAGAGCAUUUGAGUUAUUUAAAAAAAUGAAAUCUCAAAAUCUUGAUCCUACGUCUGCUACUUAUAAUAUUCUAAUCGACAGCCUUUGUAUCUACGGUUGCAUAAGGAAAGCUGACAGGUUUCUCUAUUCGCUCCAGAAGCGGAAUGUUAGUUUGUCCAAAUUUGCUUAUACCACAGUGAUCAAGGCACAUUGUGUAAAAGGUGACCCUGAAAUGGCAGUGAUUCUAUUUAAUCAGCUGCUGGACAGAGGAUUCAAUGUUUCCAUCAGGGACUAUAGCGCGGUCAUCAAUCGUUUGUGUAGGAGACAUUUAGCAAUUGAGAGCAAAUACUUCUUCUGUCUAAUGUUAUCUCGCGGUAUUUCGCCUGACUUAGACAUUUGCGAAGUGAUGAUCAAGUCAGAUGAAUUGCUUUCCUGGACAAUCAAAUGGGGUUUGUUGCCUGAUCAGUAAUCAGAAAAGUUUUGUCUGUUGUCCCAUCUUAUCUGCUAACUGCAGAAGACACGCAUUUUCAGUAGAGAAACUGUCUCAUGAGUGAUCCAGUUAACAGAUUAAUCUUAGCUACUGGAUGGUAUCAUCGGGCAACAAUAGUAUCACAUUGGCUUCUUUGACGAAUUGCGGUUCUUCUGAAGAUAAAGUCACUUGUUCUUGUGCUUCCCUAGCUUGGUUCAAAACGGAGGGAGGAAUCAAAAUGGUCCGGCCAGUGACAACAACCCCAAUUAUAACCUGUUUGGUCGUAAAUAAGAGUAUUUGAUGCAAGUGGACAAAAGGGUUACUUCAGCUUUCUGUGAGGGACUAGGAGUCUGAGGCCAUUCAACUACAAACCAAGACGGGUGAGAUACAUAAUCCAUUUUCGGAACCAAAAAGCUUUUUCCAUUUUUCGACCAGAUAUCGCCGAAGAUUCUUACUGUAACUUUUUGAUAGUUUGUUGUUCUUGCUCAUUCAAGAGCAUAUCUUGUCUCUCUGAAAUAUUCUUUUGUACCAAUUCCCAACACUAAUGUAAGAUCAGCACUUAAUUUAAGAGAAGGAUAACAUUAAAACAA